AUGAAGGGAGUAUAUGCAUAUAAAAUAGUUGAGGAGUGCAACGGCUUACCAAUAGCUUUAUGCACACUCGGUAAAUUUAUGUCGCCCAAGGAAGAUCACAGGGAGUGGAGAACCGCCAGAGAUCUGCUGAGGAAUUCAAAACUCCAUGAAAUCACUGAUACCCAUGAACAUUUAUUCGGACAUCUACAAGAAAGUUAUAAUAAUCUGACAGCUGUUAUGAAGAAGCGUUUUUUGUUAUGUUCUUUAUGGCCUGAAAAUAACAACAUACCAAUGAAGAUGCUUAUAAGGUGGUGGAUAGGACUUGGUUUGUUACGUGGUCCUAAUGCUAGUGACGUCGGUUAUACCCUCAUUAAUGACUUAGUGCGUGCAUCCAUGUUGGAAAAAGGUGACACCAGCAUUGACUCCACAGAAAAUUCACAUGUCAAGAUGCACACCAUGAUGCGACUGAUGGCUAUUUGGAUUGCAAAUGAACGUGGAUACAAGACCAAGUGGUUACAAAAUUCCCCAUAUAGAGCAGCCUUGGCCGAAGAGAACUGGCACCGAAAUAUAACCUUUUUAGACUUGGAGGGGACGAAAAUAAUCGAAUUGCCUUUAGAGAUAUGCUCAUUGACCGAACUGCAACAUCUCAAUCUUUCUGCAACAGCAAUUGUUCUCUUGCCUCUACUACUGAGAACGCUUUCAAAACUCAAGUACUUGUAUAUCAGAAAUAACAUGGUUCUUCAAACAAUACCAGAAGGGCUUAUCUUAGGACUGAAAAGUCUUCGAGGGCUAGAUCUUUUCCAUACUGGUGCUAGUUUCCUUAACGUCCUGCAAGAAUUAGCAAGAUCUACCUUAGAUCUGGAUAUGCUCGGCUACACUGUGCAAACAAUAGGAGACAUAACACAAUUGGGACAAUUGAAAAGGGUGUGUACACAGGCACUCUGCAUGGACCACUUUGAAGACGAGAGACAUCCAGAUAUUAUUGACUUGCAAAUUUUAUCUGAACUACAAGAGCUACGAGAAUUAUCCAUUGUAGAGAGCUCUCACAGUCAGAAGGUAUUGGUAUCUGAAGGUGGCCCUAAUUGUGAUCAAUGGCUACUCCCUUACUUGGAGAUCUUUGAACUGAACAAUCUUCUCAGGCUAGAGAAAGUGAAGUGGAAAAAUGCAGGGAUGGAGAUCAGAGUGGUUAGUAUCUAUAAAUGUGAUAAAUUAAAAGAUGUGACAUGGGUUCAUCAGCUUAAAUUGCUUGAGCAGCUCACAGUUGCGCGCUGCAAGGAAAUGGAAGUGUUGAUUGAAACUGGAGAAUCAUCACAAGGUGUCAGUAUGAAUCGAACGGCGACAAUAAAUUUUCCUCAACUAAAAAAGCUUAAAUUGGAAGAGAUGCCCAAGCUAGCCAUAAUAUGCAAGCAAGCUUGUGAAUUUGAAGAGUUGUCUUACAUUUGUAUAACUCAGUGCAACAAGAUGAAGGAUAUCCAAACUCAUAAGUACAAGCACGAUAUGAUCAAAAUAGAUUGCAGCGAAGAAUGGUGGAAUCAGACUUGCUCGGGGAGAUUUGUUCCCUACUUUGCUCCAACAUUUUCCUCCUAG